AUUAACGACCGUGCUAGUUAGUCGUUGUUCCUCGCUGAUCCGCGAGGGAAUCCCGUCGGUGUUGUUUGGAGUUUUAGGCAUCGGUGAACUCGUCGUCGUCGACCUGCAAGAACUGACGUGAAACCAUCGAUCGAUGUUCGUUCGAUAACAUGCGAACGAGUUCGAGAAGGCUUUGCUCUAUAAAAACAAAUGUCACAGCCAUAACCUAGCACGUCGAUGAAGGAAGAAAUACACAGGAAUGUUAAAUUAACAGUCAAAGUCUACGAAGACGCCUGCAGCUCCUGUUAAAUUGCCCACUCGGAAAAGGGACCCCAAAUCGAAGGCUGUAUGUCAUCAGUAAAUGAAUCUCUUUCUCAGAGGGCCACUACGUCCAAAAGCAGAAUCACCCUCGGAUAAAUACAUUCCUAAUAUCAGUUUUCGUCUGCGAACCCACUUCGCGGAUUUACUGGAAAACAUUUAAUGCAGGACAUGGAGACUGUCAAGGAAUUCCUGGGAUGCAUAAAUCCUCAUUGGGUGGCUGUGGUCGCGGCUGGAAUGUACACUCAUCUUCGGGAAAUUUACAUAAUCGGACUGUGUUUCAACGACAGGAGUACGGAUCCCUCUUAUGCUUCGGCGCUUUUCACGUUCUCCGUGCUGUGCCUCCUCGCGGAGUACAAACUUUGGCCCAGGACCCUCAAGGAGCCACCGAUACAGCUUCUCUAUAUUUACGAAAUGCUGAUAGCCGCUCUGACUACGAAUUUAGCGAUGCACGCCAUUUGGGAGCCAUUCGUGAACGUCAUACGUUGUUUAACUCAGGAAUCGAGUGUACUCCUGCACAAAUUGAACGGAGAGUUAGGACUGAGUCAGUACUCGUUUCUGACCGAUUUCGCUUACUACAUGGAAAAGGAGAGCGUCGUGACGCACAUGUCCUUUUGCACGUCCAUUUUGACGUUCGUGUGGAUGCUGGACGCUACGGAAUCCCUGGACGCGAUUCUGGACAUCUGGACCAAGUAGUGAACCAGUGAUGUUUAGUUUUCGAACGAAGCAAUAAUUUCUGGAUAUUCAACAAGUGCAAACGAAAGAAGAUCAGUUUCGCAAAUCCCGAAGUGACCGAUUGGUUCGUCUAUAAAUUCAUGUGCAGCAAAGAUCUACCAAACGCAAACCCAUAGCCAGAAGUGUGAUUUAAUGCAAUUUGUCAUUUUAUAUAACGUAUAUAUAUAUAUAUAUUUUUAUGUUAUUCGUCCAUGUUACUGUACGAUUGUAUAUUUGUAAUAAAACGUCUUUUACUUUCCAGUUGAAUAUUCUUCGUAAAGCACUCUCCAUUCGAAUCUCGAAAUUCAUUUUAAUGGGGUUGAAUUCAGUCGAUACGUUCGAUUCAGUUGUCACAUAAAAACAAAACAAUCAAAGCACGAUGAUUAACUGUCACAGAUUUAGCUCAAUUUUAUUUUAAGAACCAGUGGUUCAGCCCUCGGUUUAGUUCAUUUCUCGAAAUGGGAAAGCUGCUCCACACAAUCUGGCCGUUCUUGUUGAACGUUUUCGGGCUUCGGAUUUUUCGAACCUGCUUCGACAAUGCCAUGGAAGACGAAGACCGUGAAUGUCUUCUUCGUGGACCGCGGUUCAGUUCGUUUUUCUUCAGUGUCGGUGUGUACAUGAUCAUCGUUAAUUCCACGCUCUUUCCGCGUACAUUUCGUCAACCGAAAAUUGCCUUUCUAGUGAUGUACGAGGUUAGUUGCAAUUAUUAUUUCGUAUUAUUAUUAUUGCACUAGUUUAAAAAAUAAAAAAAAAAAAAGUACAUUCGAUGCCACAAUUUUUUUCUUAUGUAUUUUGGCGUGACAAACUCGAAAAUCGCAACGAAAAAUUUUUCUAUGGAUAGGUUUCUUUUAUGCGAAUAUUUGAAUGUCAUUUUUUACAUCGUUGCUUCAUUUCUUUUGUAAAUUCAGUUUCUAGCCACGGCGUUUCUCUUGGAAUUCUCAACUGCCUGCAUUUGGACACCGAUCGACGUGUUUCUUAUGACGACACUGCCAACGAACGUUUCCCACGUAACGUAACAAAUCGAAAUUAAUAAUAAACCGUUCGAUAAUAAAUUCGAUCGACUAGCAAUAAAUUACUCAGCUUUGGCGGAUUCAGUAAAGCGUUAGUAAUUGGGUAAUGUGAUUCUAAAAUUCUGUCUUUCGAUAAAUCAGGCGCUUUAUCAGCUCGAAUUGAAAGAUGCCGCAGCCAUGGUUCUGAAUAACAUGUCUCUGAUGGCUCCGGUGACGUACACUGUGGCGAUUACGUUUUUUCUUCUCACGCUGCACGUUACAAGUUCAGUAGACUUCACGAUUAUCAGGUACCAUUCGCGUGUCUCGUGAUUUUCGUAAAAUGAAGAAGAAAAAAAAAAGUAGUCGCGAGAAUAUGCAACGAUGCAGCACUUUUAUCGUUAACGCAGACAAGUUUCUUUUACAGGGAUUGCGGAGUAUCGCAUUUCCUGCCGCAUACAACGAAAAAACUGUACAGAAGACUGCAGAAGGAACUUCCGUUCUUGCACGAAGAGACCAAACCAUGUCGUUGCAAAAUUCGUAGAAAGAGCCCCAGCAAAAGUCGCGAUGAUAUCAAUAGCAAAUAUUAUUGACGGGGAGUUGUGCUAGACAUACGAAUAAUUAUUAAAAAUUAUUGUAAAUAAUUUACCGUUGAAACUUCUGGUGCACUGACGAAAGUAAGAAGGAGGAGCUUCUAUGAAUCAGAACGUUACGUUUUAUUUUUAUGAAAAAGAAGGCAUUUAUUUCGUUCGAACUGAAAUAUAAAGUACAAAUGGUAUAGAUAAUAUAGUGGUAAUAAUGUAAUAAUUAAUCGUUAAUAAAUAUCAAUUCAAUUAAUAAUACGGUGUGUACCAGUAUACUGCAGAAUAUUAUAUGUACGGUAAUUGUACUACACGGGAUGUGUUCAGUGGCAGCGUUACAUCGUUACAAUCGAAGUGUAUAUAUUACAGUGGUUUCUCCAUCCUCGCUGACCGACGGCGAUAGGUCGGAUCUCCUCGAUUUAUACGUUUUUCGUUCGUUUUCCCUCGACAACUUUCCUCCUUUUCCCACGUCACACUGACGCGCGCGUUACGUCCAAACUAUCGAUACUCUCGCCAUCGAAAAAGGUCUGCACCGACCGAGACUACGCGGUUAUGUUUGCUCAGCGACCAGAAAUACGUCCGGUUGGGUGCGAGGUAAUGAUAAUUUAUUGGGAAAGUGUUGGGGAAACUUGCAUAAAAUUUUUAGUAAAUACAUCGAUCUCUUAUCAAAGUCAGUGAAGAAUUCAAGGAAAAAAGAGUUGAAUUUUCGUGAAAGGCAGGGUAAGAGACUUGUUUCUUCCGAACAAGAAGAAACAGUAUCCAACCGAUGAUAUUUCCAGUGGCCUGAGCAGUAUAGUAUUUUGAACCUCUCUCAAGAUGACAGAACCAAAUCAGCAGAAUCAGAUCGAACUUGGUGGAAUAUUUAGUACUUUUUUUUGUACUCAUUUGUACCACAGUAACUUCGUACCUUCUGCCAUGUUUUUUUUUUUUUAAACGGCAGGGGGUAGAAAAUUACUGUUUGUGGUACAAAUUAGUACAAAACAAGUACUAAAUAUUCCACCAAGUCCGAUAUGAUUCAGCUGAUUUGGUCCUGCCAGCUUAACAGAGGUGUAUUUCGAGGAGAGAAAAGAGACCGCGGAGCCGUGUCUGGUCAGAUAUAAUCAAACGUCCUCAUUCCCCUUAAUUCAGGAGCGUUCUUUCCUUCCUCUGCGUUCGCGCUCGUUCCUAGUCACAAAUCCAAGUUUCGCGUUAAAAGCGUCGAGACGGCGAGUAACAAAGAGAGACAGGUAGAGAGAGGGACAGAGUUAGAAAGAGUUUCGAACUCGCAAAAAGAAUUCAUCGAUCGUCGAGCUUCGACGAUGGCGGACUAGUGCCGUUUUUUAAAAUCAAACGUUCAUUCGAAGUCGUUUUUCUCUUUAAUCCCUUCGUGCCUGGACGCGGUAAAUAUUAUUUUUAACCGACUUCGAAAUGGAGGAGCUUACUCAAUUCGACAUGUAUACUUUUUUUAUUAAAUCCAUGUUGCUGUGUUAUAAAAUGGUUGAUCGUCGUGUAAAAGGAAGAAGAUUUAUCGAAUGAAAUAUGUAUUAUAGUUUUCGAGGAAAACUGGUCUUUCUUCGUGUGCACAAAUGACACUCGCCCUAAACGAUAGUGUCGUUAAUGUAUGAUUCUCGUGUGAUUCUUACAUGUCCUCAAUUGUGGACGCCAGGUUUGAAAGGGCUGAUCGUAUUCUGAACGUGUAAACGUUCCAAUUGAAUUUACCGAAUGAACGUAUAAAAAGUAUUUAGUAAAUGUACAUAUAUAAAAACAUGUAGGUAUUCAUCAUUGUACUGAAACAUUGUAACCGUAAGAAAUAAUGAGAACAAUAUAAACUGGGUACGAAGGGGUUAAAUCAUUUUGGGCGCCAUCGCGUUUCCGUAUGCACGAUCGGGCAAUGGUUAGAAAAAGUUUUACAGAUAUGUUAGGAUCAGCUCACGUUAGGACUGGGACCACGAAUGUAAUAGCAAUUAUCGAUUCGUUAUUAUUUAAGCACUAUUCGCACAGGUAUAAUAAUGCAAAUAGAAUACUGAAAUGUCACGUCUCGAGAUCAGUCGAUUAGCGAACUAGUAAUUAGAAGGAUAAAAUAAGUAAGAAUGUGUACAAAGAAAUCGUUAACAGUCUUUUUUGCGUAGGUUGAGCAUCGACAAAAAUUUCGAGAAAGUCCCAGCCCUACUCCACGUUCAUCGUUCGUUCUUAGAUUACGCGCCACGUCCGAAAAGAAACGGACACUUCCGUCUCCCUGUCGUGGCACUGAGAUCUCUUCGAGGAUAAGUACGCAUUGCUUUUCCGUUCGUUGUUCCUCUCAGUCGAGAUGGACAAAAUUUCAUUCGAGUAACAGGCAACAACCAAAAAUCAACGUGCAUCCUCCCGAUUCUUCGUUAGAAAAUAUUUCAUUCUGUGGUCAAAAUUCCUUUUAAUCCAUUAACCCCACGACCUACACGCUAUGUCUCCCGAUUGCUCGGGCCAUAAUAAACAGGAAGAUAGGAAGUCCGAACGAAGUGCCACGAGCCUGACUCGUGUUUAUUAUUUAUGGACCAAAUUCCUUACCCACGAGUCUCGCUCGUGGUUGUAGGCCAAAGGGUUAUCGUCCUUCGAUAUCUACAUUAAUAUUUUCUCUCGAUAAAUAUUUUGCCCAUCUCUGUUCUCGAUACCUCAGUCUCGGAUGCUGAACCUGUUCUUGGUAAAAAAAUUGAGCCGUGUUUGUGUGUUUCACCGAGUACCUUAAAUUACCACCGAUCGCUCGUUGAUUCACCGGUUGUAAAUCGAUUGCUUUCCGUGUGAUUUCGAAUGCCGUGUAUGGUACAGAUGGUGUCUCGUUAACAGAACUCGAUUCUUAACGUGUCGCCACGUGGGUGUCGCCACGUCGAGAAUUUCCUUUUUUUUCUUUGUACAAAAAUGAUCACGCGUUCAAAUUAAUUAUUGUUUACCAUUCGCGCAAAUUGCUCAACGAAAUGCGCUAUCCGCGAAUCGAAAAUACAGAUGGCACGGGGACGUCGCGCGACGAGAAAAAGCCAUUAAAUAUUCACAAUUAAUUAUCCUACGUAAUUUACAGCUUUCCGCUUUCUUGGCUCCAUUUACUCCGCUAUUUCGUUCGUUCCGAGCGCUCGCAGCGCGCGAUAGAUACUCGUCAGUGUUCGCUGUCGAAACGGAGAACGUUUCCAGCGUCGAUUAUUUUUAACGAGCCACGUAACGAAAAGUUUUAGGCGUCCGUCAGCUUACUAUACCAAAUUAUCGCUACGCAGAGUAAAAAGAAGCGAGAAGGAAGAUUUCUUGAGCCUCUAAUUCUUAAAAGUAAAGGUUGCUCUCGCGGCAACCGCGAUAGAAUGAUCUUAUGGAAUGAGUGAGUUUCUUUCUUCUUAUUUUCGCGCUCGAUCCUUCAUUUAUUCCUCGUUGCUAUUUCUCUUUGGUUUCGAAAGUAAGUACACGUUCCGUCGGUGGCAUUAUUUUUCAAGGGAAUUACGGAAACGGAUAAAUUCGUCGCUGAUUGCUCUACUCUAGACGAGACGGUACGUUUUUCGUUUGUUCGAAGAAAAGUAACGUAAUCGUGCUUCGUGUAUUGUUUCGUGUAUAUUCGUGAUACGUGAGGUACAAAGUUGCAUGUAACCGAGUGUCGUGGAAGUUUCUCGAGGUGCCUAGGUCGAGCGAAUGGAUCGUUCUGAUGUGACGAAUUACGCUGAUCGCGCUUAUCAGAGAGGAAAUCUCGGAGGUCGACUUUGCAUACUGGUGGAUUCAACUGCGUGAAAAAAAAAAGAAAAAAAAAAAAGAAAAAUAUACAUACACAGUUUAAAUAAACAGAGACUUUCUUCGUUAUUACAAACGUACCUCGAACAGUUAUAAAUACGCUUAUCGAUUAUGUUUAUACUUCCUAGAUUUAUUAUAUUAAGUAUCUCGAUGAAAGAGAAAGGUUGAAAGAAAUUGCCGAAUGAUCCGAUAAAUUAUUACAACUCUCGAAAUCAUGUUCACCUCGUUUAGAAUUAUACUUAUUCCGUUUACGUUACGUUAUAAUAUCAAGGAUCGCGUUUGGCGACUUCGCGCAACUUUCGUUCCAAAUCAAUUCGUACCAUUCGAAUUUUCCUCGCGCAAAGCCAAUCUCCAAGAAAUCGUUUCGAUUUCCGUAAAGAAUCGCGCGGGGCAAUCGUUUCUUCUUCUUCUUUUUUUUCUUGCCACUGUACACACACACACACACACACGCACGCACACACAGACAUACACACACGUGCGCGCUCGCGCUCGCUACUCAACUCAUUAUCAUCAGUUACUCAACGACAAAACCGUUCGUCCUCCCGCAGCGCCAGUCCGUCGAAUACUAUUCUCUGCUUAGAAUCUACUUGGCGGGGUGAAAUCGACGAUAGGAAUGGCCGGAGAAACGAAGGGGUGUGGUACGAAGGACGGUGAGAAUGAAACAACGAAACGAAAACGAACCUAACGAACGAACACCAGGAAACGUCGAGCCUGAAGUCGAGGAGAAAGGUGGCAAGGAGAAUCAUAGUUGCAAUAAUUAGAAUUAGGUAUUGGAACAAUUAGAGCAUGAUAGAGGCACGAUUAUGCCUUUAGGUAUUGUUUAGAGAUCGGUACAUUGGCUUGGAAGUUCAAAUAAAAAAACAGAGUAGGAGCUUUAAUUAUAAAUCAAAGCUGCAAGGACUGUAGGAAUAAUUAGAUUACGUUAGAGACACGAUUAUGGCUUUGGGAAUCGUUUAUAGAUCGGUACCUAGGUUUGGCUUGGCCUUGGCUUGGCAGUUCAAAUAAAAAAACAGAGUACAAGCUUCGAUGGUUCCAAUUUGGUUGUUUCUCAAUUAGCUCUCCGUCUGAACAACCAAUAACAUAAUUGCUGUAGAAACAACGAUCUAUAAAAUUAAAAAAAUUCCAAAGCAGUACUGAUUCGACGCGUUUCUUGGUGCUUACGGUUCGUUGUAUUCGCACGAAAGUAAACGUGGAACAAAUGGCCGCGGGAAACGUAAUAUCACAAAUUCACCGGGGGAACAAUACGCAAGACGACAAUCGUUAGGACAAAUAUACAGCGAUGCUCGGUACCGAUCGCGGCGCAGUACGAGCGGCACCGGCACACCGAGAUGCACGUUACUUACAAUAUUCGUACAAGUGCUUAAACUACGCCCGGAUCACUCGAUCCGACGGGGCCUCGCCUAACCGAUAAAUUGACUAUUAAUAUUUCCGUAGAGAAUUUUACAAAUCAGUCGAGACACGCGCGUGGGAAUGCGCCCGGCGCAUCGGAGCUCGUUCGUAACAGGCAUGGGCAAAGUUCGAUCGAGGGGAUCGACUGCGUUUCAAACUGGAUUUUCACCUAAUUUUUCGAGGAAUUGAAUAAUUAAUCUCGAGUGCUAGGUGUUAACGAAAAUAAAUCUGGAUGGAGCUCGUACAUUUUGAUAGGAAUACAAAGAUAUUAGGUCAUCCCAUAAGUUCACGCCGAAGACGGCC